CAAAGAAGAGUUAAUUAUUGAUCAAAGGUAUUGAUCAAAGGAACACGAUCCGUAUACAAUCCAGUGAAUCCAUAUAGAAACACCGCUGUAAUUCUCGUUCCCGGAAUCAUCAUUGAGCUCCUCUAUACUGGUUGGCCAUCAGACAAGGCAGUAUAAGUUAGUUUAACCAUCAGCGAUUACCCCACUUAAAGAAUAUAGAAAUAAUUUAUCAUUUCAAUCAUUGUCCACGGUCCACCAUCUAUCCAUGAAAGGGCGAGAAAAGAGAGAAUAUAGUAAAUCAGCUCAUAGAUAGGGAUUUCAGUUGGUGAUGGUGUUGGGGGGAUUGGCAGUGACAGAGAAUGAAAGCGGUAGAGAGAUUAUUUUCGAGCAACGAUACCAUCGGUCGCCCGUUGUGACGGUGGCGACACUAUUAUUUUCCUCAUUGAUGUUCGAUUUCUUCUCCGAUGGUCGACAGGUCAUCUUUGCGGAGGCCAGUGGAAGCGGGGGAAGUCCCGGUGGAGGAGGUGGUCUUGGCGGUGCUGGAUUACAUUGGGUGUCGGUCGGUGCAACCUCACCUUCCAAUGUUGGAAUAGCUGUCGCUGUUACGGCCAUGGCCGGUAUUGCCUUGGCCGCUACUCUCGUCUACUCUCGUAGGGGAAACCUUAAAUCGCCCUGGUCCCAGAGACGAAGAAAACAUGCCCUUUCAGCAAAAGAAUGGAAGAAUUUAUUUGAUGCAGAUGGAAGAUUGAGUGAUGGUGGAGUGAAGUUCUUGAAGAAAGUCAGAAGUGGAGGCGUUGAUCCAACUAUACGGGCAGAGGUUUGGCCUUUCCUUCUUGGAGUUUAUGAUCUGAAGAGUUCAAUGGAAGAGAGAGAGGCAAUUAGAACUCGGAAAAGAAAACAGUAUGGAAACCUACGAAGAAAGUGUUUGCAGAUGUCAACAAAUGGGGAUGAUAAUACUUUGAAGUUGAAGGAGAGUUCUAGAAAUAACAAUCAAAGUGAUAAUUCUAGUCAGGUUCUAAACCCUCUUCCCCAUGAAUGUGAGAAUCCGAAAAGCAAAGAUCCCACUACAACUGCAUCCAGUCCAGUUCUUGGUGAGUCUGAUGAGUCAUCUAUUACAACUGCAAAUAUUUCUGCUGAUGAACAUCCGUCAACCAAUUCUGAUUCCUCUGAUGAGCCUGAUGAAGAGCAGCAACCUUUCCUUUGCCGUAAAGAUUUAGAAGAAACCAACACAGAGUCAACCGCUCUCACCAAGCCAGAAGGCAGCUUCAACAAAACAGAAGAUUUUGCGACAUGGCAACGUAUAAUACGCGUUGAUGCUGUCCGGGCAAAUGAUGAAUGGGUUAGCCAUUCACCAACCCAGGCUGCAGUUUCUGAGAUCAAGGCAAAUCAAUUGGCUGAGAGUGUAGCAUUGAAGGACUAUGAUCAUCUGGGGCCCUGCAGGACUUAUCAUGCGGCCCGUCUAGUCUCCAUCCUCGAAGCCUACGCCCUCUAUGACCCUGAGAUUGGGUACUGCCAGGGGAUGAGUGAUUUGUUGUCUCCCAUCAUCUCGGUGAUCGAGAAGGACGACGAGGCAUUCUGGUGCUUCGUGGGCUUCAUGCGGAAAGCACGUCACAACUUUCGCCUCGAUGAGGUAGGGAUCCGAAGACAGCUGAGCAUCGUCUCGAAGAUCAUAAAGUGCAAGGACUCACAUCUGUACAGACACCUGGAGCAGCUUCAGGCAGAGGAUUGCUUCUUCGUGUACAGGAUGGUGGUGGUACUUUUCAGGAGGGAGUUGAGUUUCGAGCAGAGUCUAUGCCUGUGGGAGGUGAUGUGGGCAGAUCAGGCGGCAAUUAGGGCCGGGAUAGGAAAAUCGGCUUGGGGACGUAUGAGGCUUAGGGCGCCUCCGUCGGAAGAUCUUCUUUUAUAUGCAAUAGCGGCGUCGGUGCUGCAAAAGAGGAAAUUGAUCAUAGAGAAGUAUAGCAGCAUGGAUGAAAUCAUGAGGGAGUGCAAUAGCAUGGCCGGGAAUUUGGACGUUUGGCGUCUUUUGGAUGAUGCCCAUGACUUAGUUGUGACCCUGCACAACAAGAUAUAGGGAGGCAUCCCCUUUUCCAUGCUUGUGGAACAAAGCAGUUUUUUAUAUGUAUACAUGAGUUUUGAGUUGUAUUGCCCAGCGACAUUCAAGAGUUCUAAUUUAAAGUAAGCUUUACGGUUGGUUGUCUGGUAUCUUGUUAAAUGUACUGUACUGUACCCUCAUUUACUUUAAGUCUUUAACUGUUUUAAUUUGAACUGUUUCCCUGCUUUAUCAUUACAAAACACAAAAACAAAACUUGCUUCUAUGUUUUAAAUUUAAGAGCUGUUUU